AUGUUUGCUGCAGAAUUGCCUCCAAUACAUCCCUUGGGGGCUCCAACAACCUGUUACUCAGUGGAGUAUCAGCCUCAGUGGAGUAUCAGUCUCAGUGGAGUAUCAGUCUCAGUGGAGUACCAGUCUCAGUGGAGUAUCAGUCUCAGUGGAGUACCAGCCUCAGUGGAGUAUCAGUCUCUGGAGUAUCAGUCUCAGUGGAGUAUCAGUCUCAGUGGAGUAUCAGUCUCAGUGGAGUAUCAGUCUCAGUCUCAGUGGAGUAUCAGUCUCAGUGGAGUAUCAGUCUCAGUGGAGUAUCAGUCUCAGUGGAGUAUCAGCCUCAGUGGAGUAUCAGUCUCAGUGGAGUAUCAGUCUCAGUGGAGGACCAGUCUCAGUGGAGUACCAGUCUCAGUGGAGUAUCAGUCGCAAUGGAGUAUCAGUCUCAGUGUAGUAUCAGUCUCAGUGGAGUAUCAGUCUCAGUGGAAUACCAGUCUCAGUGGAGUAUCAGCCUCAGUGGAAUACCAGUCUCAGUGGAGUAUCAGUCUCAGUGGAGUACCAGUCUCAGUGGAGUAUCAGUCUCAGUGGAGUACCAGUCUCAGUGGAGUAUCAGUCUCAAUGGAGUAUCAGUAUCAGUGGAGUAUCAGUCUCAGUGGAGGACCAGUAUCAGUGGAGUAUCAGCCUCAGUGGAGUAUCAGUCUCAGUGGAGUAUCAGCCUCAGUGAAGUAUCAGCCUCAGUGGAGUAUCAGUCUCAGUGGAGUAUCAGUCUCGGUGGAGUAUCAGUCUCAGUGGAGGAUCAGCAUCAGUGGAGUAUCAGCCUCAGUGGAGUAUCAGUCUCAGUGGAGGACCAGUAUCAGUGGAGUAUCAGUCUCAGUGGAGUAUCAGUCUCAGUGGAGGACCAGUAUCAGUGGAGUAUCAGCCUCAGUGGAGGACCAGUCACAGUGGAGUAUCAGCCUCAGUGGAGUAUCAGUCUCAGUGGAGUAUCAGUCACAGUGGAGUAUCAGCCUAAGUGGAGUAUCAGUCUCAGUGGAGUAUCAGUCUCAGUGGAGUAUCAGCCUCAGUGGAGUAUCAGCCUCAGUGGAGUAUCAGUCUGAGUGGAAUACCAGUCUCAGUGGAGUAUCAGCCUCAGUGGAAUACCAGUCUCAGUGGAGUAUCAGUCUCAGUGGAGUAUCAGUCUCAGUGGAGUAUCAGUCCCAGUGGAGUAUCAGCCUCAGUGGAGGACCAGUCUCAGUGGAGUAUCAGUCUCAGUGGAGUAUCAGUCUCAGUGGAGUAUCAGCCUCAGUGGAGUAUCAGUCUCAGUGGAGUAUCAGUCUCAGUGGAGUAUCAGUCUCAGUGGAGUAUCAGUAUCAGUGGAGUAUCAGUCUCAGUGGAGUAUCAGUCUCAGUGGAGUAUCAGUCUCAGUGGAGUAUCAGCCUCAGUGGAGUAUCAGUCUCAGUGGAGUAUCAGUCUCAGUGGAGGACCAGUCUCAGUGGAGUAUCAGUCUCAGUGGAGUAUCAGCCUCAGUGGAGUAUCAGCCUCAGUGGAGUAUCAGCCUCAGUGGAGUAUCGGUCUCAGUGGAGUAUCAGCCUCAGUGGAGUAUCAGCCUCAGUGGAGUAUCAGUCUCAGUGGAGGACCAGUCUCAGUGGAGUAUCAGCCUCAGUGGAGGACCAGUGUCAGUGGAGGACCAGUCUCAGUGGAGUAUCAGUUUCAGUGGAGUAUCAGUCUCAGUGGAGUAUCAGUCACAGUGGAGUAUCAGCCUCAGUGGAGUAUCAGCCUCAGUGGAGUAUCAGUCUCAGUGGAGGACCAGUCUCAGUGGAGUAUCAGUCUCAGUGGAGUAUCAGUCUCAGUGGAGUAUCAGUCUCGGUGGAGUAUCAGUCUCGGUGGAGUAUCAGUCUCGGUGGAGGACCAGUCUCAGUGGAGUAUCAGCCUCAGUGGAGUAUCAGUCACAGUGGAGUAUCAGUCACAGUGGAGUAUCAGUCUCAGUGGAUUAUCAGUCUCAGUGGAGUAUCAGUCUCAGUGGAGUAUCAGUCUCAGUGGAGUAUCAGCCUCAGUGGAGUAUCAGUCUCAGUGGAGGACCAGUCUCAGUGGGAGAAGUUGUUCUGGGUAAUAUUGAUUGUAUGUUUUGGUGUUCAGGUCUCGGGCGAAGUUGUUCUGGGUAAUAUUGAUUGUACGUAUUGGUGUUUGUACGUAUUGGUGUUCAGGUCUCGGGAGAAGUUGUUCUGGGUAAUAUUGAUUGUAUGUUUUGGUGUUCAGGUCUCGGGAGAAGUGGCUUUGGGUAAUAUUGAUUGUAUGUAUUGGUGUUUGUACGUAUUGGUGUUCAGGUCUCGGGAGAAGUUGUUCUGGGUAAUAUUGAUUGUAUGUAUGGGUGUUCAGGUCUGGGAGAAGUUGUUCUGGGUAAUAUUGAUUGUAUGUGUUGGUGUUCAGGUCUGGGAGAAGUGGCUUUGGGUAAUAUUGAUUGUAUGUGUUGGUGUUCAGGUCUGGGAGAAGUGGCUUUGGGUAAUAUUGAUUGUAUGUAUUGGUGUUCAGGUCUGGGAGAAGUUGUUCUGGGUAAUAUUGAUUGUAUGUAUUGGUGUUUACUUGAUCAGUUUGCUGUUAUAUAGGACAGACACUAAUUUAUAACAAAAUGAUUUAAUGUACAGAAACAGUAUAAUGAUGCAAUGUACUAGUCUCAUAAAUUAUAUCGUGAUUCUACUGACAUACAAAACACUACCGUACAUAAUACUGCAGAAUGAAUAGUUAGUAAGCAAUUGCCGAGUCUUCUCCAAAAUACUUGAGCUCAAUACUAUAUAUAAUCUCUAGAAAAUAAUACUGUAAAAAUACCAGGUCAUUUUUCUUACACGUAUUAAUCAUUACAAGCCCAGCUUGCUCCUUCUAUUAUACUAUAAUAGGUAUAACAAUAUUAUUGUGUUUAUAACACAGUUAAACCCAAUAUAUAACCAUCAUUCAUUCAACAUCAGAUAUAGAACAAUGAAUGAUGUAUGUACACUCACCAACAGCAAGUAAAAAUCAUAUAAAAACACAUAAAACAAUAUCACAGAUUUAUAAAUAUUCUCUGUUCCUUAAAAGAAACACACCAGCAACGACUUUCUUUGUUCAAAAAUUACUUUCCAAAAUUAUUUUGAUACCUUAAUUAUUUGCUUUAUAUUUCACCGUUUUUUUUCUUUCCGUUAUUUACUGUCACUAUCUUUUUGAUAAUUAAAAAAAAAUUCUUUAUUUACCGGUACCUUUAGUAGAGUAGAAAAAAUAUGCAUCCUGCUUUCUUAAAAGGUACAGGAUAACUGUCUUCCUUUCAUUAACAUAUAAAUUUAUAAACAGAUAAAAUUUUUCACAACCAAAUCAUUUAAGUGUUCUAACUUUUCUUUUGAAGCUUUUUUGCAUGUUUUUUU